AUGAAUUUCCUUUACAUUGAGUCCCUUGAGAUUUGCUUCUUUUGUGAAAGCUAUACUGCUAUUCUCGAAGAAUUCUACAUUCCUGCCAGUAUGGCACCAAGAACAAAGAACCAGGGAAUAUUUCCUCUGAUGGACGUGGCCGAAAUUAUCGAGUCUCUUAGUGCAUGGGGCUUCACAAUUAGUCCAGAGCAAAUCAACCAUCCUUCAGCGGACCUGGUCGAGACCAUUGCCUAUGCAUGUCUUGCAGAAGUGACUGGCGUUUCUCGUGAAACCAUUCAACAAGCGGCACAAGAAUCUAUGGCAGCCCAUGAGGACAAGGAUAGAGACAAGGUGCCAUCACCAAUCACGAAAGAAAACCCAUCGAAAACAUUUAGGGCUCGUUUUGCUGCUGCAGCUAAACUGGAUGACUUUACGUCGUCUGAUAUCUACAGGCCAACGCGCGAGCGCACUAUUCGCCUUUUCUCAGCAUUCAUCAACUUUGUCAAGUUCACUGAACAGGAUUCCAACCCCUUCGCGAAGGCAAUUCGAGAACGCUCUGAUGGUUUACUUGUCGAGAGAGACCAAGUUGCGGAACAACUUUCUCUCGUGCGACGAAAGACGGCUACCAUACGGGCUAAGAUGGCGGAGGACGAGCCGCGCUGCGAGAAACUGCGGAUUGAAAACUUUGAACUGAAGGGACGCUUACGGGCAUCAAAGGAAAUCCAGACUAUCGGUCUUCAAGAACUCGAAAAAUUAAAAGCUGAAAAAUCAGCUCUUUUGAAGCGGAGGGAAGCUCUCAACGACGAGUUAGAGAGCGUGGCGGAGUCGAUCAAUCGCACUCGGUCACGGGUCGUGCAAUCCCCAGAACGUAUCAAACGUACAAUCAGCACUAUGAGCACAAGUGCUAAUGAGGACAAGAAAAUAGUCGCCAUACAGGAGAAUAAAGCAAAGGAACUCCAGGCGAAGUUUAAUGCUUUGCAUAAUAUCGAGAGGGAUGUUCGAGGGUGCAUUGAACAGUUACAAACAGUUGAGAAGGAAGAGCGUUCUCUGCAAGAAUCCCAUAAAGAACUUAGUGGGCUCAAGGAUGAUCUUGAAGGCAAGAAGAUCGAGCUAAGAAUGCAGCGGGUUGAGAAGCAGCUUUCCAAUGCCCAUGAAAAGCUCGAGCGUGCCCAACGACAUGCUGAAGAGAAGAAGCUUGCCAGCCAACGAACCAUCGACCGUCUUCAAAAAGAAAUCAAUGACAUGGCUAUCGAACGCCGAGAUAACGAUAAACAGGUGGAACAGCUUCGGUUGGAGGCUGAGGAGGUGGAAAGAAAGAUGGCCGAACAUCUAAGGGCCAGCGAACUAGAGAUAAACGAGCUUCUAGGAGAGUAUUGGAAGUUGAGACAUCAGACAGCACCAAUUCUUCGACUUCCCGUCGAACUUCAGCAACGUAUCAUUGCCAAGCUUCCUUCAAAGUCACGACUGCGCUUCGUAAACGCCUGCAAAGUGUUAUCGAACAGUUUCGGGUUUAGUGCCGUUUACCAUGCUCUCAAUGAGGCCAAAGGUCGCGAGUAUCCGGACAGCAAAGAAUUCACGUUUCCUCAAUUACUCUGUCUUGCACCCUCCCGUACACUUGUUGAAAGGCACAUAAAGCAUACCGUCUUUCCGGACGACCUUGGUAAAGGUGAGGGCGACGACUUCCAUGACGACGAAAGCGAUCGCGUCAUAGCCCCGCCGAGGUCAAAGACGAUGAAGGAGCGCGUGAGCAAGACUUGGGUGGUUGAACCUGCGGACCUCGAGCACGCUUUGACCGAGCCUUUUUACAUUUGUUCGGUCAAGUUCACAGAGGCACGGGAUGAUAUUUUGCUAUACGUGACAUUCCCAGAGUACAAUCAGCGCGGUUACGAGAACAAUGACAUCCUCGUUGUCUCCGACGGUGUUGAACCGAGGCCCGAGUAUUUCGACAAGUAUAUCGCUACAUUGGAGGAGCGCAUCCCGGACGAGGACCGACUCACCGUCAGUGGGCCACACAGCUACAACAAGAUGCUUGAAACAGGAGCUGUGCUCGGAGGGGUCGACCACAAUAUGAUGCGCGAAUUCUUUCUUGAUGCCUGCGCCGAGUGUGGUGGAUUUCGAACCAUAUGUCCUGGAUGUGGAGGAGUCAGUCGGAGAUGGCCUGAUGCAUUUGCUUCGUGCGGGUUUGCUACACCUUGUCCUCAAUGUAUGGGCUAUGACGCUGCAGUGAUAGCCGCCGGAUAUACCCGCUGCGAUGAUGGCCAAAGGAUGAUGGAUGAAGAACUGAACACCCCGCCAGUCGACCAUACCUUUUUGUCGUGCGAGCAAUGGGAAGCCAAGCGCAAGACGAAGGAAGAGUCGAGCAAGAAAAAAGACACAGAUAGUCAGGCCUAA